CCUUCUUACUUUGCACAAGAUUCCACAAGAUGCCACCUCGAAAGUCUGCGACCAAAGCAUCUCGACAAUCCAGGGUCUCUGAGGUACCUCAGAAAGCGGGAGAAAGUAGUCGAACCACUCUACCUGUCAUUCCUGGUCCUAGUAUACCGGAAAGCAUCACGCCAGAUUACCAGCCAUCAGAAAGGGAGAGAAUCAAGUUGGAUGAAGAGGAUCGAGAGGCUUUUUUGCAUGAUCUGGUGUGCUUUCAUCCCAGAGAAGUCUGCGAUCAAUUCACUGAACGGGUGUUGGAAGUCCCUGUGCUCAUCACCAACACCCUACAACACUGGGCAGAACAAAAAUACAGGCAACGAGACGGUGACCCUAACAAACUUGAACGAGAGAUGAACAUGGGCCUUGUGGCGAUUGAAACGCUUCUCGAAAGUCACGUUGAUAAAGCCAUGGAUAAAUUCACAGCGUGGGCAUUGAGAAACACGUUUGAUAUCCCGCCAAACGUCGAGGUCGUCUUGCCAUGGCAAGAAGGACUCGAUUUCGAUCGAGCAGCACAUGUCGUCCAGACGAAUGGGUUGGAUUCAUUGACCGAGUCGUUGGAAGGCUCACGGACAAAGCUUGAGCAGGCCCGCCUACUUGCUCAACGACUGAUUCUCGCUGAACAAGCUCUGGAUCGUAAAACAGAAAUCCUCAAACAGAGACAAGCAGAAGUAGGCUUCGUGAAGCAAGUCUUGGCAUCGUCAGGAUUGUCACCUUUACCCGAGAAGACUGAGCAGAUUGUCAAAUUCCUCUCCUCCUUACACGACACCCUCCAGCCAUUGACGGACGAGCCGCUUCAGAGUAAGGCUCAACCCACUGGAUCUAAUACGAAAGCUUGGGAAAUGGGAAGACAGGCAUACCUCCAAUGGGCGGUCAAUCGAGUCACAUCCGAUGAUAAGGCGAGUCUAUCAAAGUCGACGACCAACCUCGGUGCAUCGACUAUGAGCGUGCGGGAUGGGGGUGGUGGUGGGUCGGUCGACUCCGUAUCAGAGAUGAUGCAGCGGUCGGAUCAGGAAGGUCUGGAGAAGCUCACAAGAGCGAUGGACCAGUGAUCAUAGGUUCUUGUAUAACGAUUCGUCGAGGUAUUAAUGCAUUCUUGGGA